AUGUUCAGCAUUCUUUUAUUAUUUGCCAUUCUGGGACUCACAUCUGCGCAGCGCCCAUGGGUUAUGAAAUGGUCCCCUAAGAGCUAUGGGCCAGACGGUCCUUGGAACGCUGUAUUGGUGAAGAUGGGUAGUGGUCGACAGGAGAUUGCAAUGUACGCAGGACGGUGGUGGGAGACUUGGGUCUUCCUUUCCGACUACUGCUCAAAUAUCACGACUUCACCUGUCUGCUACGCCGAGGAAGCCGGUCUAUUUAACCCCGGCAUGUCGUCAACCUGGGACAAUACCAGCAUCAAGUUGGACCCAACUGGUUACAGUUGGGAGGACCUAAACUUUUCGCCGACCAAUGCGGUUCCCGUUUCUGGAAAAGCCAGACGUGCCCGGGAAACGAUGGAACUAUAUGGAACAACUGUACCAGAUGUCGACCUGAUUAGCAUCAGUCAAGGCUAUCAAACCUAUCCUGGUGGCCAAAGCUACCCCCUCCAAGUCGGUUACCUGUCGUUAGGUGCCCAAGACGUCAAUCAAACAUUUGAUAAACUCGGAGCUACUAUGAUCACCAGCUGGUUAUGGAACGGGUCCGGGACAAUUUCAUCUUACACAUACGGGAUGCAUAUCGGUUCUGCCCCGCUAGGCAUUGCUGGCAGUCUGAUGCUGGGCGGAUAUGAUAAAAGUCGGGCCCUAGGGGAAGUUUCUGCCCAGCCUCAUACAGGCAGUUCGGCACCAAUUUCGCUAUUAGACAUUAGUCUAGGGGUCGCAGAGGGAGGCUCACCAUGGAAAUAUCCAAGCAAAGCCGGUUUACUGGCUCAAGGAAAUUCCUCUCUUGAGUCUGGUGUCAGCGUCCACGCAAACGUUGUAGAUCCCUAUAUUUAUUUGCCUCAAAGCUCCUGUGAUGCCAUUGCCGCUGAAUUACCAGUGACCCACAAUGCCGAUCUUGGUCUAUACUUCUGGAAUACCGAUGACCCCCAAUACUCGAAAAUUGUGAACUCUCCCAGCUAUUUGGCAUUCACCUUUGUCAAGGACAAUACCAACACUCAGAACAUCACGAUCAAGGUACCAUUCGCGUUGCUCAACCUUACUCUGGAGGCGCCUCUCGUCACAAAGCCAACACCGUAUUUCCCCUGUUUUGGGACUGAGGGCACCUACGCCCUGGGACGAGCUUUCUUCCAAUCUGCCUUCAUUGGCGUUAAUUAUGGAGCUGGAAUAGUUGGCAUUGGCAACUGGUUUCUGGCCCAAGCACCGGGCCCCGGAUACUCCCAAACGAACACCAUCGCCAUUGAAGAGAGUGCAGCUGAAUUGUCGGGAUCAGGUGAUAGCUGGGAGGAGACCUGGGCUUCACAUUGGUCCCCGCUCACAGAGACGAAUAGCACGUCCGCUGGAAACUCGAGCACCAAAACGACUGAUGACAGCGCUCAAAGUACAUCAUCUGCCAGUGGGGAUUUGUCCACGGGAGCCACGGCGGGUAUCGGCGCUGGAUGUGGUGCUGCUGGGCUCGUGGUAAUCGCCCUGGUCGCGUGGUGGCUCAUACGCCGUCGUCGGCAGAAGAGAAUGGCUGUUCCAAAGAUCAGCGUUGGACAAGAUCAAAUGCCUCCCAUGACUUAUUCCCAGUACUCCGGUCAAUCAGAACGUGUUUAUUGGGGCAAACAAACUCUGUUAUCGGAGCUGGACAAUAGCAGACCGAAUCUGGGACCCUACGAGAUGGGAAGUGGGCGAUAA